AGAAAAAACAUUUGUAAUAAUUUCUGGCUUUGAGAGACACAAGCCUUUGUCUGCCCCAGAGUAUUAGUUAACCCACCCAGUGCUCCUAAUCAUAUAUUAAGGAUUGGGAAGGACAUUCAUUGCCUCACUCUCUGUUUCACCUUCUGUAAAACUGGUAGAAUAAUAGUACCCAUUUCAUAGCAUUGUAUGAUGAUUAAAUUAGUUAGUAUUUUUAAAAUGCUUAGAACACAGAUUGGGUACAUAAUAGCAAGCACCACGUGUGUUUAUAAGAUAAAUUCCUUUGUGCUGCCUUCCGUUAAAGUUUAAAUAAGUAAAUAAAUAAAUUAAAUAAAUACUUGCAUGACAUUUUGAAGUCUCUCUACAACAUCUGAGUAAGUGGUGGCUGCGACAAUGCUACUGGAGUUCCAGAAUCUUGUUGGUGCCAAGAUUGUUCACCAGCAUAUGGUGUGGUGAAAACUCACUAACUUGCAAUUAGUUCAGAUUAUUAAGCCUGAAUAGGUGAAAAUCCUGAAAUCAAGGAUCUUUGGAACUAUUUGAAAUCAGUAUUUUAUAUUUGCCUGUUCUAUUCAUUAAAAUGUUGCAAGUGUUCUAUUUGAUGGAUUAAGUAUAUUUAGGAUAUACAUGUUCAAUUUGUGAUUUUGUAUACUUAAUUGGAACAAGAAAGCUAAUAAAGGUUUUGCUAUAGGGAAUCUAUUCUUUUAAGUAAACUUCAAUGAAAAUGUAUGACUAGAGCAUAUAGAGAGGUAAAUAAUUUGUGGACACACCAUAGACUGAAAUAGUAAAUUUAAAAGAAAUUGUUGGAAGAAUCAAGUGUUUGUGGCAUGAGUCCUCCUAGUAAAGUUCCUGCUCUUGUGAAUAAUUAAGCAUCAUUUAUAAUUACUACAGUAAAAGGAAGCCUAAGAAGUAUUAGACUCUACUUGUAUUUAAAUUACACUUUACUAAUUUAUGUGUAUGAAAGAUCUUUUAAAAGCUUAUUUUCAUAAGCCAUGAGAUAACUCCUUUACAUUUUAAGAAUUUCUGAAUUUGCUUGUAUUUUAUUAGUGCAAACGGCAGAGCUAGCAAUUCCUUUUUCUGUGUUCCCAUUCCAUCCUCUUUUAGGAAACUCUGAACUCUGGAUUGUCCUUGUUUACAUAUCUGUCUCCUGCACUGGACUAUGUGUCUCUGAGUGUAGUAUGACGAAUUCAUUUGUUUGUCAAGGAUAGUCUAGCACAUGGUAUACUCUCAAUACAUUUGUUGAACAGACUAAUUAGUAAUGUCUGCAACAAUGACAUUUUACUAUAUUUAAUAAAGCUCUGGGAAAGUAGGAUACACAUAAGACAGGUCCAGGUCUAAAUUAUUUACAUAAACUUGGAUUUUUAGUUCGGUUUGAAAUUUGAAGAUGUGAGUAGAUUUAAUCUCAGUUUCCCAAAGGAUAAGCUAAUUGGAAUUACCAUCCUCUUUCACUUGAUUGGAUCCCCAGAAUGCCAUUUACGGAUGCAGCAGAAUUUUUUAACAGUUUUAAAUUCUGUAUAUUUGAUGAAGAGGUUUUAUAUUUUUGGAUUCAAGCCUCUUUUUAAACUUCUACAAUGUGGUUUGCAAUAAUUCCUCAUAUCCUGCUUUUGAAAUAUAUAUUGCAGCUUUCGUAAGUUGGGAAGGUUAUAUUUCAAGGACUGAAGUUACAGUAUACUCAAGGGGUACACAAGCCUAGCACCGCAUUUUCCACAGAGUGUUCGAUAAAGAUUGUUAAACUCUAAAUCACAGGCCUUUUAAUUCUUAAGAUAAAUAGCAGCAGAAAGAAACAUCUUUGGCUUAUUUCUGGUAAGGUUUUUAUGCUCUAUAAAACAAAGAAUUGUAUUCAUCCGCGCAGCACAGAUUCUAUUAAAAAUAAAUGUGAGAGUCGUUAAUGUAGUACUGCUCAUUUACCACCAAAAUUCACUCUUCAGGAAUAAUUCCAUCAGUUUAAAUUGGAUAUUGGAAUGAGCAUUGAUUACCUCAUGUAAUUUGGUAGCCCAAAAUUUCUUCAUGGAGUUUUGAAGUCAGCGGGAUUUCAAAGGUUUUAAUGAGUUUUUGAUUUUUUUUAAACCCUCAAAUUUCAUUACCUUUAAAUUAGGUUGAAACGGGCCGCAAGAGAUUGGAUUAAUGCCAUAGUAAUACUUACUUUGUUCUUAACCAUUUCAGGGUUUCUUGAAAUAGAGACUGUAUGGUGUAAUGGAAAAAGCCUUGGAAUCUGAGAGCCUGAUUCCUGGAUUCAGUCCCAGUUCUGCGUGACCUUGGACAAGUUACUUUACUUCUCUGAAUUUCCGUUUCCUCCUCUGCAAAAUGAGGAUAGCAACAGCCACCUUGCAACCCUUACUGGAGCGCGCCCCUCACACCCCGCGCCUGCCUGGAGGAAGAGCAGCCAUGAUUACGACGCCGCCGCCGCUCCGCUACCCGCUUGCGGCUGGCGCCCUCCCCCAGCAGGUGUAGGCGCUGCCGCGCUGCCCCACGCCUUUCCGCCGCUCGCGGGCCUGCGCUUCAGCGUCCCGGAGGAGGCCGCUGCAGGCUGAGGUAGCGCACCGGCCUCUAGCGUCCCAGUCCCGCCCUGAGCGGAGGCAGUGCGGGCGACCCAGCUCGGAGGCCGAGGCCCGGCCCCACCGAGUGCGGAGGGGCGCAGCGGCCCCCGCCCCUCGGCCCUCCCCCCCGGCCCUUCCUCCGCCCCCUCCGCCCUUGCGCGCCGCCCUCCCGGGUCGCCGCGGGGCCGUGGUGUACGUGCAGAGCGCGCAGAGCGAGUGGCGCCCGCAUGCCCUGCGCUCCUCCACAGCCUGGGCCGGGCCGCCGGGGAAGCUGAGGCGGCGGCAGCGGCCGAGGGGGCCGGUCUUGCGCUCCCCAGGCCCGCGCGCUUAAGUCCAGGUUGCCAUUCGCCGCACAGGCCGCGUUCUCUCAGCCCUCGGCAGCGAUGAGGCGCUGAGGCGGCUGCCGGCGCUGCGCCGGAGACUAGGACUCGGAAGCGGCCGGGCCGAGGGCGCGGGGUACCGGCCUCCCUGAGGCGAGGGUAGCGGGUACAUGGCGCAGUAACGGCCCCUAUCUCUCUCCCCGCUCCCCAGCCUCGGGCGAGGCCGUCCGGCCGCCACCCCUCUUGCUUGGCCGCCGCCGCCGCCGCUGCCGCCGCCGCCGCCGCCGCCGCCAUGGCCAAUGACAGCGGCGGGCCCGGCGGGCCGAGCCCGAGCGAGCGAGACCGGCAGUACUGCGAGCUGUGCGGGAAGAUGGAGAACCUGCUGCGCUGCAGCCGCUGCCGCAGCUCCUUCUACUGCUGCAAGGAGCACCAGCGUCAGGACUGGAAGAAGCACAAGCUCGUGUGCCAGGGCAGCGAGGGCGCCCUCGGCCCCGGAGUGGGCCCGCACCAGCACUCCGGCCCCGCGCCGCCGGUUGCAGCGCCGCCGCCCAGGGCCGGGGCCCGGGAGCCCAGGAAGGCAGCGGCGCGCCGGGACAACGCCUCCGGGGACGCGGCCAAGGCAAAAGCAAAGGCCAAGCCCCCGGCCGACCCCGCGGCGGCCGCGUCGCCGUCUCGCGCGGCCCCGGGCGGCCAGGGCUCGGCGGUGGCUGCCGAGGCCGAGCCCGGGAAGGAGGAGCCGCCGGCCCGCUCAUCGCUGUUCCAGGAGAAGGCGAACCUGUACCCCCCGAGCAACACGCCCGGGGAUGCGCUGAGCCCCAGCGGCGGCCUGCGGCCCAACGGGCAGACGAAGCCCCUGCCGGCGCUGAAGCUGGCGCUCGAGUACAUCGUGCCGUGCAUGAACAAGCACGGCAUCUGUGUGGUGGACGACUUCCUCGGCAAGGAGACCGGACAGCAGAUCGGCGACGAGGUGCGCGCCCUGCACGACACCGGGAAGUUCACGGACGGGCAGCUGGUCAGCCAGAAGAGCGACUCGUCCAAGGACAUCCGAGGCGAUAAGAUCACCUGGAUCGAGGGCAAGGAGCCCGGCUGCGAAACCAUUGGGCUGCUCAUGAGCAGCAUGGACGACCUGAUCCGCCACUGUAACGGGAAGCUGGGCAGCUACAAAAUCAAUGGCCGGACGAAAGCCAUGGUUGCUUGUUAUCCGGGCAAUGGAACGGGUUACGUACGUCAUGUUGAUAAUCCAAAUGGAGAUGGAAGAUGUGUGACAUGUAUAUAUUAUCUUAAUAAAGACUGGGAUGCCAAGGUAAGUGGAGGUAUACUUCGAAUUUUUCCAGAAGGCAAAGCCCAGUUUGCUGACAUUGAACCCAAAUUUGAUAGACUGCUGUUUUUCUGGUCUGACCGUCGCAACCCUCAUGAAGUACAACCAGCAUAUGCUACAAGGUACGCAAUAACUGUUUGGUAUUUUGAUGCAGAUGAGAGAGCACGAGCUAAAGUAAAAUAUCUAACAGGUGAAAAAGGUGUGAGGGUUGAACUCAAUAAACCUUCAGAUUCAGUCGGUAAAGACGUCUUCUAGAGCCUUUGAUCCAGCAAUACCCCACUUCAUCUACAAUAAUUGUUGACGCUAUUUGUUAACUUGUGAAUAAGAAUAAAUGGGAUAAAGAAAAAUAGACAACCAGUUCGCAUUUUAAUAAGGAAACAGAAACAACUUUUUGUGUUGCAUCAAACAGAAGAUUUUGACUGCUGUGACUUUGUACUGCAUGAUCAACUUCGAAUCUGUGAUUGCUUACAGGAAGAAGAUAAGCUACUAAUUGAAAAUGGUUUUUACGUCUGGAUAUGAAAUAAGUGCCCUGUGUAGAAUUUUUUUCAUUCUUAUAUUUUGCCAGAUCUGUUAUCUAGCUGAGUUCAUUUCAUCUCUCCCUUUUUUAUAUCAAGUUUGAAUUUGGGAUAAUUUUUCUAUAUUAGGUACAAUUUAUCUAAACUGAAUUGAGAAAAAAUUACAGUAUUAUUCCUCAAAAUAACAUCAAUCUAUUUUUGUAAACCUCUUCAUACUAUUAAAUUUUGCCCUAAAAGACCUCUUAAUAAUGAUUGUUGCCAGUGACUGAUGAUUAAUUUUAUUUUACUUAAAAUAAGAAAAGGAGCACUUUAAUUACAACUGAAAAAUCAGAUUGUUUUGUAGUCCUUCCUAUCUUACACUAAUUUGAACUCUUCAAGAUUGCUGCUUUUUUUGACAUUGUCAGUAAUGAAACUUAAUUGUAAAACAGUUGCCAUUUACUACCAAUAACUUUUAGUUAAUGUUUUAUAAGGAAAAAGACACAAUAAGAAGAGUUUAAUUUUUUUUUUCUUUGUUUGUUUUUUGAGACAGUCUUGCUCUGUUACCCAGGCUGGAGUGCAGUGGUGCAUUCUCGGCUCACUGCAAACUCCGCCUCCCAAGUUCAAGCAAUCCUCCCACCUCAGCCUCCCAACUAGCUGGGACUACAGGCACACACCACCAUGCCUGACUAAUUUUUGUAUUUUUAGUAGAGACGGGGUUUUGCCAUGUUGCCUAGGCUGGGGUUUAAGUUAAAUUUUUUAAAAAACUAAAGUGACUGGCACUAAGUGAACUUGAGAUUAUCCUCAACUUCAAGUUCCUAAGAUAAGGGCUUUCUUAAGCUUUCAGGUAUAUGUAUCCUGUAGAUGUAGACAAUAAUGUCCCAUUUCUAAGUCUUUUCCUUUUGAUUCUCCUUAAAUUGAUCGUACUUCCAAAUUUGCUGUUAUGUUUUUUUCCUAAUGCUGUGAUCUGUCUGAUCUGCAGACAAGAACCUUGUCUCUGUUGAAGAGCAUCAGGGGGAGAUUAUGUACACAUUGAAACCGAAGUGUGUUGUUACUGACUUAGUGUGCAGUAACUCCUCACGUAUCUGUUAAGGCAUUUCCCAGAUGUGAUGCCAGCCUUCUUACGUGUACUGAAAGAUGUUUAGCUUAGAAAAAACAAAACAGGUGCAAAAUCAGAUAAUUUUAUUUUGUUUCAUGGGUUUUAUUUACUUUUUAAACAACGAAGGAAUAUUAGAAAAUCACACAAGGCCUCCCAGACUUGUUAGGUAAAGAAUGAAUUGGGACGGAUGGCUUAGACUUCACUUUCCUAGGCUUUUUAGCAAAACCUAAAGGGUGGUAUCCAUAUUUUGCAUGAAUUAUGGGUAUAAGACCUUGCCCGCUUAGGUUUUCUAUCUCUGUCCUUGAUCUUCUUUGCCAAAAUGUGAGUAUACAGAAAUUUUCUGUAUAUUUCACCUGUUUUUAGCAUCUGUAUAGUUUGUAUUCAAUUAGAGACCUUUUCUAUGGGAAGCUCAGUAAUUUUUAUUAAAAGAUUGCCAUUGCUAUUCAUGUAAAACAUGAAAAAAAAAUUGGGUAGUGAAGCCAACAGUGUGGACUUAGGGUGAGAUUGAAUGUUCAGUAUAGUGACCUCACUUAGGAGAAUUUGCAGGAGAAAGUGAGAGUUUCUUGUUGUUUUUUCCUCGCCCAUAUUCAGUUUUGUUCUACUUCUUCCCCUUCCUUCCAGAUGAUAACAUCACUUCUCUACAAUAAGUGCCUCUGCCAGCCCAACCUGGGAGCGCAAGUUGUUUUGCCAUCUGGUCUAUAGUACAGUGCGCGGCGUUAGGCCACAACUCAAAAGCAUUAUCUUUUUUAGGGUUAGUAGAAAUUGUUUUAUGUUGAUGGGAGGUUUGUUUGAUUAUCAAGAUGUACAGCCACAGCCUUUUAAUUUGGGAGCCCCUGUUGUCAUUCAAUGUGUACCUCUACAGUUGUAAAAAUUAUCAGAUUCUACUAUCUGUGGGUUGUGCUUGCCAGACAGGUCUUAAAUUGUAUAUUUUUUGGAAAAGUUUAUAUACUCUCUUGGAAAUCAUUGUGAAAAGAUCAAGAAAUCAGGUUGGCCAUUUCUUUAAUAUCCAUUCAUUUCAUGUUAGUGGGACUAUUAACUUGUCACCAAGCAGGACUCUAUUUCAAACAAAAUUUAAAACUGUUUGUGGCCUAUAUGUGUUUAAUCCUGGUUAAAGAUAAAGCUUCAUAAUGCUGUUUUUAUUCAACACAUUAACCAGCUGUAAAACACAGACCUUUAUCAAUAGUAGGCAAAGAUUUUCAGGAUUCAUAUACAGAUAGACUAUAAAGUCAUGUAAUUUGAAAAGCAGUGUUUCAUUAUGAAAGAGCUCUCAAGUUGCUUGUAAAGCUAAUCUAAUUAAAAAGAUGUAUAAAUGUUCUUGAAAACAUUA